AUGGCGUCUCGACCGGCAAUGACGGCAUUAGGCUGCUUCCGAUGCAGGACAGCCGCUCUCAGGGCUGUGGCCUCGGCGUCUCGGCCAGCUCUUCGAUCACAGGCAGCUCCAUCUCGAAUCAUCCGCAGCUCUGUGCCAGCGACCCGAUCCUUCACAUCCGCCCGCACGGGAGGCGCUCUUCAAUCCAAAGAUACAGACCCUGAGCUCCGGGAGAAGCCUUCCGUCACGAUAGAGGAACCAAAGGCCGUGGAAGAUGCGAUCGAUGCGUUGGAAGCUGCCUCCAUCGCCGAGGCCGACACCAGCGCUGGCGACGACAAGACUACCGAAGCAAGCUCCGAAACGCCGUGGUAUCUCCAGGUCGAUGCGCCCGUCCAUGCGCCCACGCAGCAUGUCCCUACCCUCCCCACAGUCCCCGAUGGCGCGCCCUCAAUCCUCGAGCACAUCAUGAAAUUUGCCUACGAGGAGAUGGGCCUCGACGACCUGGAACUUCUUGACCUUCGUGAAAUGGACCCCCCGCCAGCCCUGGGCCCCAACCUCCUUAUGCUCUUUGGUACCGCGCGAGGCGAACGCCACCUUCACGUCUCAUCCAGCCGACUGGUCAAGUGGCUGCGUAACAAGUACAAGAUUGACGCCAGCGCCGCGGGCCUCAUUGGCCCUGGCGAGCUGAAGACCAAGCUGCGCAGACUGCGAAAGAAGGCGAAACUCAUGGGCACCAGCGCUGUGGUGCAGGGCGGCGACGAUGGCAUUACGACUGGCUGGAUUUGUGUCAACCUGGGCACCCAAGGCUCGGACGUCAAGGAGGCCGCCAGCUUCGACAGCUUGGGCCAGAUGUCUGGAUUCGGUGGACCUGCUACCGGCACGACACUUGUCGUCCAGGUCAUGACGGAAUCCCGCCGGACAGAGUUGAACCUCGAACACCUCUGGAUGGGCCAGUUGAGGAGAGCCAACGAGGCGAAAAAUACGCUCGAGGUGGACGCCGAGGAGAAGGCCUUUUAUGCCAAGUUUGGCGCACAGCCUCCCAAGCCGAAAACCCCGGGUGCAGCCGAAGCCAGCAUUGACGACAUUCGGGAAGGAGGCGCUCCCGUGACGGCGGAAAACGGACUCAAGCUGCUGGGCUCCAUCUUUCGGUCCGUCCCCGUCGAUGAAGACAUAUCUGUCGAGCAGGCCACCCUUGCUUUGUCGCUGCUCGAGACCAUGACGGGACGCGGUCUGCCGAUCCUGAACCACGACGUUCUCGUCACGAUGAUUGAGUCGAUCGUCAAGUCGGGCGCGCAGGGUGACCGCAUCCGCCAGAUCCAGAGCAACGUCGAGUACCUCCUCACGCACGCCGUCACGACCUGCCCCAGCGAGAUGCACCUUCUCCGCCUGCUCGAGGCGUACCACCGCCAGAAGAACCUCGACCGCUUCUGGCAGACGUGGCGCACGCCGCCGCGCCACGGCGCCCCGCGCGGGCCCCUCCUCUACCGGUACAUGUUUGAGCGCGCCGCCAUGCUCAAGCGCCGGGACUGGUGCAUCGAGGUGCUGCGGCAUUGCGCGCCCGAGAUGAUGCACGAGGCGCCGCCCGUGCUGCCGGUCGGCGAGGUCUGGAAGGCGCUGCGGGCGUGCCUCCUGGUCGUCGACGCGGGCGCCGAGGCGCUGGCCGAGACGCCGCCCGUGCUGCGCGAGACGACGGCCAGCAAGGAGGAGUGGAUCGUCAAGAGGAAGGCCAAUGCCGAGUUUGUUAAAAUGUACCGGGAUUUCGACGCGACGAGACAGCGCAUCGAGAAGACGGGGCGUCUCUGA